AUGUGUAAAGAUAUUUGGGCNAGAGGACGAUUUAAUCCGUACAACCACAGCUACCAUACCCUGACCUUCACAGCCGAAACAAAUGUGACUCUCGGACACCACAUUAAGAACUCGCCGGAUCCAGACCACGCGUUGUGUGAACGCCUGGAGGCGGAGCAGACGCUGCCCGUUUACACUGACGGCAGUAAGAUCAAAGGAGCCGCAAGUGUUGGAUACGGGAUUUUCUGCCCGGCAACAGGAUACCGAAGUGCUGGCAGCUUGAGCCCACAAUGCUCAAUUUUCACUGCUGAGUGCUGCGCAAUUAAAGAGGCCCUUACCUACAUCGAGAGCCUGGACAAUAAAAAAUUUGUAAUCGUGUCGGACUCUCUCAGCGCCAUAAUCAGCAUCCAAUCACCAGGCGCAGGCAGAAAAAUAUCUGCACUAAUCCUGGAUAUAAAAGAACGACUAGCCAGCUACGCAAAUAACAACCUAGACAAAAAAGUGAGCCUGCUGUGGAUUCCAUCACACAUAGGCAUCGUGGGCAAUGAAGUGGUGGACGCAGUAGCCAAGGAAGCUACGAAAAACCAACCCCCAGACCCGGCUUUUAUCCCUUCUUCUGACCUGUCGGAGAGCUUUGCGCUCGAAGCAAAGAAUAACAGCAACAUCAAGAACAUGGAUGAGAGUCGGGAAAAGGGGAAGCAAUAUUUCGAGGAGUUUUACAGCACUCACUCUACACCCUGGUUCUCCAACGUGAAAAUACCUCGGCGGCACAUUGUCAUGAUCAACAAGAUGCGUGCCAACCACACCUGCCUAGCAGAGUCGCUAGAGAGAAAGAACAUCAUCUCGGACGCGGGCUGCAGGUGUGGUUGCGACAAGGAAACUUUGAACCACAUUCUAUGGGACUGCAGAUUGUACCAAACGCAGAGGAAGGUGCUGCUUGGGAGACUGAAGAGGAUCGGGCUCUUCUCUCCGCUGAAGGUGGAGCGCUUGAUCGCUCGUCCAAAUAUUGAGGCUUGCACAAUGUUAUGCGACUUCUUCAUCGGGCUGGGAGUGCUAGUCUGA